AUGCAUCACCAUGAUCCCGAGCUCAUCAUGAGGCAUACCAUCGUACAAAGGGAGGUGAUCCCUCCUCUUCGACUUCCCCUGCUGGUGCCCUCCGCCACGACGCUACCGGGUACCGGCUUGCCCUCCCUAGUGGUCAGAGCACAAGAUUCGGCAACCACAACGGACGCAAAGAAAUGUGGAGGUGGUACAUGCGAGACAGCUACGAGUAAUAUGACAACAACCGUUCUGCCUAUCGUGCUGGGUGCUGGUGUACCGGUUAUUUGUGCGAUCGUGGUCCUGGUUUUCUUGCAUCGACGACACACGAAGAAGCUGCUGCAUGAGGAUGCCAUGGAUAAGCACAAGUCUCUGGACUUUGGCAUGGACGACGUAACUCCGAAGAAACCUCGCAAACUACCCAAUGGACUGGAGGCCGAGAUGUCGCAGCCGAGUCACUCCAAGGGUCUGUCACUCGAUGUCGGCCCAUAUUUGAUGCCUCCAGUGCUGAAUGGCUCCCGGGACUCAUUGCACUCCCUGGCCCGGUCCAUCGACGAUGACAAGUAUCGUCCCGCGGUCUUCGGUGCCCAAGACAAUGGCUCAGUGCGUUCGUUCCCCCGUAACCGAGGGGACGACGCGUCAAGUCUGGCUCCCUCCACCCGGCAGGCCUAUGCCGGCAAUGAAGACCCCAACUCGGGUCUGCUGCGAAAUGCUCAGAGCAUGUCCCGUACAUCCCCGCCUCGCUACGACAGCCCCCCGGCAGAUCAAUUACCCCAACGUCCUCCUGCUGCGCACCAUCCCAAUCAGUCCGGUCCCCCUAGUCGUGUGACAAGCCCAACGUCGGAUGCUGGCGAGGCCCAUGAUCUUGCGGUCUCUCCUCAAGAACCUGCAUUCCCUCGUCAAAAUAACAUCAACCCCAUGGCCGAACUGCACUUUGAGGUCGAGCCCCCUAUUAUCCAGCACACGCAGGCCACUCCCCAGGAAGAACACCCUGGCUACCCGCUUUCUGACCAUGGGGAACCUGGCCCGCACGGCCAGGCCGUGACAACCAUGCCCACGCCUCGGAUUUCGUUCCCCGCUAGUGACAUCACUGUCAGCGACUACGGUGAUGACCGGAAACCUGACCUGACCAUCAACGUUCACGCCGCUGAGGACCAUCGCCCUCACCUGGCUGAUGGACAAUCGCCUCACCUGGAUCAAAGUCCCUUGGAUUCUCACCAAGAGGCGCAGAGGAAGCUCGACGUGGAGUUUGACCAGAACAACCGCCCCGAUACCCGCCGGUUGACUCUCGGUGUGCGACCUCUGCCCCCAGAGGACCCUGCUGACAACCCCGAGCAGCGUGCCAACCGAAUCCGCUCCUUCUACAAGGAGUAUUUCGAUGACAGUAAGCGGGAAACCACCUACUAUCAAGACUUUGGCCCCGAAUUCUACGAGGAUGGUGGGUAUAUUUAUGACCCUUCGACGGGUGAUUACUACGACUCCACGGCCCCUCCAGCUUUACCCUAUGCGGAGCCCGUCACUCGUCGUGCCAUGACACCACCCCCUCGUGCACCCCCCCGAUUCCAAGGCCAGGCUCGUCACAUGGCCACGAACUCCGCCGGUCAUAACAACUAUGGAGGUCCAGGACCCCGGGCCUUCUCGUCGGCAUCUGGCCGUAUCCCCGGCGCCCGUGGUGCUGCUCAGAGGCCCCCUCCUGCUCCGGCGCCCCUUCAGAUGCUGCCUACGCCACACAUGUUGAAGGAUGACUCCAUCUUCAUGGCGGCAGACUUUGCUCCCGCAUACGGAGUCCGUGACCGCCGCGAUGGCCGUCCGGAGACCCCCACUGGUGGCACGAUGCCUUAUAGUCCUAACAUCCGUGCGCAUACGCCGCUUGCUUCUGCAUUCGAUGAUCUUUCCGUAAUGCCCAGCCCUCACGCUUUGCGCAAGUCUGGCACAUUUACUAGUCUGGACUUUGCCCCACCGCCUCGUUUCAAAAACAGCGACGGCGGCAGUGAUGCUGGUAGCAUUCGCAGCAACCGCACGGGCAUCUCCAAUCAUCACAUGAACAACAUCCGCAAUGGCAAUUACCGUGUCAGCCGAUUGCCGACUGAUAUGGUUGGUACGCGUGAUGACAUGAUAACCAGCCUGCGGCCGACCAUGGAUUUGACUAGAUAA